AUGACGCCUCCGGUGGGCGGUUUGAUUCUGCCGCGCUCUCCAGGGGAGUCUUUCGAGCCCAAGCGGCGCUUGUCUGUGUCUCGCCCCCAGCAACACAUCGCUCACGGCGUCACGGACAUGGAGAGCGCGCUGGGCGGGCUGUCGACGUUCGUGAGCGACUUCAAGCACAAGCUCAACAAGCUCGCCCUUGCCCGCAUCCAGUGCGCCGACGCCGACGAGGUGUCAGCGUUCGCCGAGGCGGCGCUCGCCGACCAUCCCAACUCUGCGGAGGAUGCCGGCUCCCUCGAGCAUCGCGCUGCGAUGCACGCGGUGCAUGCGGCCCGCGCGUCUCUCGCGGCGGUGGAGCAGCGACUCCAGAGCGGCCAGCUGAGGGCAGCGCUCGUGGGCGACGUUGUCGGCCGGGCCUUCGCACCGAUGGCCGCUCUGUGUGCCUCGGUGGGCUCGCCCGCGGCAGGCGACAUGUCCAGUUCCGCGCUCAACGCAGCCGGGCAAGCGCGGCCCUGGCAAGCGCAGCCUGCGGGACCGCCGCUGUCGGCCGGGCGGCCUGCGGAGCGGUCCGAACGCUAUGUCGUGGUCGAGAGGCGGCCCGGGGAGAGGUCCGAUGUCCUGCGGCGGUGCGGGAACUGCCCGGCCUGCCGCUCGCCCGACUGCGGCCGAUGCCGCGAGUGCCAGGACAAGGCCAAGUUUGGCGGGCCGGGGAUCCGGAAGAAGCCCUGCCUCGCCCGCCUCUGCCCCUACAAGAGCGCGGUGAUCAACCGCGAAGUGAUGCGGGAGGUGCUUGCUCCGGCGGCGUCCGACAGCGUCGAGACCGCGUCGCCGCCGCCGGCGGAGACUGGCGACUCGCAGUGGCUCAGUGCGGGCGUCUCGAGCGGGCCGCGGGUGCGGCUCGGCGCCGACUAUCAGGCUCGUUUCGAGAUGCGGGAGGCGCUGGCAGGCACCUCAGAGCUCUCGGAGACGGGCAGCCUGACGGCGACGACGGUCCCGCUCGGUCCCUUUCGCCACGCGCGCGACCGGCAGCCGCGCCCCUCGGACCGGAUGGAGGUGCUCGCCGCGCGGUACAACAAGAUCCACUCUGCGACGGCGGCGGAGCUCCGGCCGUGGUGGCAGCGCGACGAGGCUGGCGCGUGGUGCUACACGCUGCAGAGGAAGACGCGCACCGCCGAGCAGUGGCGGGCGGCGCUUCUCGCCUCGCAGAGCCGGUGCGGCGAGCUCUCGCUAGUAGCUCACCCGCCGCCCCUUCCGGCGUCCGUCUAUCUCUAUUUCACCACCGGGUCGAAAUAG